AUGGCAAGAGCUCAAUCCACCAGAGUAGCAGCGACCCGAACAGGUCUCCCUCGAGGUCUCAACUCGGGCCACAAGACCACUCCUCGGGUCCUUCCCAACAAGCCAUCUCACUUCAAGGGACGAGCCUCCAAGCGUACUACGUUUGUUCGUUCCAUCGUACGUGAGGUUGCCGGCUUUGCCCCUUACGAACGUCGAGUUAUGGAAUUGAUCCGAAACUCAAAGGACAAGAAAGCCCGAAAGUUGACCAAACGCCGACUCGGUACCCUUCGUCGUGCCAAACGCAAAGUUGAUGAGCUGACUGGUGUGAUCGCUGAAACCCGAAGAGCUGGUCAUUAA